AUGUGGAGUCAAGUCAGAACUUUGCUGUCCUCCUCCAUCCCGACGACGGUGGCGGGAGCACGGCUUCACGUGGGCCAGCGCGCCUCCCUCACCAAAGUCUUCUCGGCCCGCCACGUGGAGCUGUUCGCCGAGCUGACGGGCGACACCAACCCGCUCCACCUGGACGCUGCCUACGCCGCCUCCACCGCCUUCGAGGCCCCCGUGGUCCAUGGCGUCCUCAUCAACGGGCUGAUCUCGGCUGUGCUCGGCACCAGGAUGCCGGGUCCCGGCUGCGUUUUUCUCUACCAGGAGAUCCGCUUCCCAGCGCCACUCUUCAUCGGCGAGGAAGUGCUGGCCGAAGCCGAAGUGCGCAAGAUCAAGAUGUCGUUUGCGUUCAUUGCCGUGACGUGUUCGGUCAAGGACAAGGUGGUGAUGGAAGGGGAAGUGAUGGUUAUGAUGCCGGAGGAACAGCAAGUGAAGUGAUGCUUUUGAGGCACAUCUUUUACUGUUCAUUUUUUUUGUUGGCGUUGUUGAUUUUUGAUGGAUGAUGUACAUCACAGCUGGCUUUGUGCAUCUUUUUUUUUUUUUGCCCACUUAAGUAAAUAAAGCGUGUCUCAUUCAUGUAAUUACUGAAUGGAUUUGAUCUUUUGGUCUUGGCAAUAAAUCUCUACUGAAAUAGAAGAUUUUCAUGCUAAACAUUUUUUUUUAUCCCCGCCAGGUGCCUUUACAGAAUUUGAACAGUAGUUGUUUAUUUAAAUAUAUUGUUGCCACAAAUUUGAAUUCUGACUUCAAAUUCAAGAGCAAUGCAGGUUGAUUGUGUAUGUGUUGUACUGGAAUAUGUAAUAAUUUAGUCACUUUUUCACAAACACAUUUUGGAAACCACACAUUUACCUGUUUUUUUUUUAAACAAAUUACUGACCAAGCAAAAGUGUUAAAAAUCGCUUUCCAUCUUCUACAAUGCAAUCCUAAGCACUUAGCAAACUUGCUAUUUUUGGGUUUCCUGAAAAGUGAUGAUUUUGUAGUUCGGGUGAUUCCACCCUAUGCCAGCCGUGUUUUAUUUUUCUCGUGUUGUUUUUAUAUUGUCACCAGCGAAUGCAAUACAUAUAUUGUUGAGACAAAA